AUUUAUCAAGAACUGAAUGACUCCAGAUUUGUCGAUUUCAGAAGAGAUGUUGCUCAAGUAGUUGAAGUAAGUUAUUUAAAGCAUCUUUACAGUUAAAGCCAUGGCAACAAUUUAUCCAGUAUCUUAAACAGGCUGAAAGGGGUGAGAAAGACUUCAAUUUUCCUACCAAAUUUAGGGAAAGGAGGCGGGUGGUCAAAGAAAAGACAGUGGGAGGAGGGUUGAUUCUGGCCUCUGUCCCCCUUUUUCUCUCACUUGGGCUGUCUCCUUGGUCACACACAUGCACAAACACUGACAAGGGCUAAGUCCUGCUACGACUGCCACCAACAUCAUGGAGAAAAGCUCCCCCGUUUCUUUGGACAUCACAGGGCCUCAGCAGCCCAAACUGGAAACUAGCUUAGAACUGGACUCAACAGCAGAGACUGACCCCAGAGAGCAAAAGGAGGAUGAGGAAGAGGAGAAAGAAGUACAAAGCUUCACUGGAGAGGAUGCAAAAAGGCAAAGCUUGGAUCCCGAGUGGGUGGAGGAGAGGUUCAGGAUUGACAGGAAGAAGCUUGAAACCAUGCUGUAUGCUCCGGAACAAAGAGGAGAGACAGGAGAAAAGUUUUUCGAGCGAGUAAUGAGAGAAACUAGCACUCAGGUGAAAUGGCCAUCCAAGCUAAAGAUUGGAGCAAAGUCAAAGAAAGAUCCUCACGUGAAGGUGGAAGGGAGGAGAACCGACGUUAUGGAAGCCAAAAAGAAGAUACUGGAAGUGCUGGAGACCAAGGUGAACAAGGUGACUCUGAAGAUGGACGUGGCUUUCACAGAGCAUUCCCACGUCAUUGGGAAAGGAGGUGGGAACAUAAAGAAGGUGAUGGAAGUCACAUGCUGUCACAUCCACUUCCCCGACUCCAAUCGUCACAACGCUGCAGGAGAGAAGAGCAAUCAGGUUUCUAUCGCUGGCCCCAUAGAAGGAGUGGAGGAAGCCAGGAGGAGGAUAAGAGACCUUCAACCUCUCUCUCUGACCUUUGACCUGCCAGUCAGCCUGGUACCCCAGGCUCUGCCAGAUGCAGGCUCCCCACUCAUCCAACAGGUGGCGCAGACUUUGGGGGUCAGUGUGGGUUUCAGGGCUGUGCUGCCACUGCCUCAAGCCCAGACAGCCUUUUACGGAAGCUCCUGCACAGUUUGGGGACUCCAAGGCAACGCAGCUGCUGUCAAGAAGGCGACCUGCAUCCUGAUGGAGCUCCUGCUUGGGUCAGAGGCCUCAGGGGGGAUCGUGAGCAGCCAGCUGGAUGUCACUGCUCAGCAGCAUCUCUUCCUGCUGGGACAAAAUGGUGCAAACUUUCUAAGUGUUAUGCACAAGACCCAGACCCAGAUCAUCCUGCCAGACCUUAGUGCCCCUCAGAGUCCCCCCUCACUGCUCAUUCAGGGCAGCCCUGACGGAGUGUGUCUCGCUCGGCAACAGCUCAUGGAUUGCCUGCCAGUGUGUUUGAUGUUUGACAUUCGAGAAGAUGGGGAGGGAGGCCCUUCCAAAGUGGCCCAGAUGAUGCAAAACCUCGGAGUCUUCAUUAGCGUCAAGCCCAAAGCGAAACAGACAAGCAAGUCGGUGGUGGUGAAGGGUCUGGAAAGGAACAUCUCCUGCAUUUAUGAAGCCCGCCGUCUGCUCCUAGGACUCGAUUCCUCUGAGACUGCGAAGAUAACUACAGUGAACCCUGACCUCAUGUCACCUGGUGGCAGGCUGGCAAACUACUGGCUCGACAUGUUGCUGCAGCAGCUUUCUCUCUCUGAACAGGGCUCUGCACCUGUUCAAACCACAGAGGUGCUGACUGGAACAAAAUCCCACCUGUCAGCUCCACCAGGCCUCACUUCUCCAACAGACGAGGGCAGGACAGGGCUGAAGGGAACAGACAGUYGGCAACUGGAAAAGAUCCUUGAAAGUGAGAAUCAGUCUGACCAAUCCGAGGAGGAGAGCAUUGAGGUUGUGAGGAUGUCACCAUCUGAGGUGKGCAAAGCAGGAAACAACAUCAGCAGGGUGGGUGUGAAUGGCAGGAGGGGGAGUCUCCAAGGUCCAGAAAUCAGCAAAACACACAGCCAGGGCAGACGGCACUCCACAGGGCAGGCGCUGACAUACAGGUUGGUGAACGCAGAGACAGAGCGAGGGUGGAAUGAGCGAAGGAACAGCCUGAGGAGAGAUGCUCCUCGGGCUCAAAAUGUUCACGCUGACUCAUCUAAGGCUGGGGAUUAUGACUAUGAGAAGAAGAAACUGAUGGCAACAAGAGCCAUGCARAGGAAACCUGUGGUCACAGAGGUUCGGACACCCACAGACACCUGGAGUGGGCUCGGAUUUUCCAAGUCUAUGCCAGCUGAAGCUAUCAAGGACCUCCGUAGCAUCAGUCGACGCAGCUACAAACCUUACCUGAGUCCUAACACCAAUCAGCAGCAGUCUUGGGCUACCCAGAAGGGGAAAAUGUGCCUUGGUAGCGACUCUGAGAACUGGAGGGACAGACGCGGAUCCACGCCCCAGAUCGUCUCCUCGUCUUCCCCCUCUUCCUCGUCUCCAUCCUCCCCCUCCACGCCUCCACCUGGCUUCCCUUCCUUUUCUGUGUUUUCAUCCUCGCUCAACAGAAGCAGAAGUGACAAGUCAUGCGAAAACUCUGUUGGSGGAUGUUUCUUCGAAGGCRCAUACUCUGCGAGGAGGGAGUCAACCUGCAGUCAGCGAAGCCCCUCCCCCCUCGUGACGGAUGACUUACCUGAGCUGCUCAGCGAACUUGGGCUUAUCAAAUACAUUGACCUGUUUGAACAACAGGAGAUUGACUACCAGACAUUUCUAACUCUGUCUGAUGAGGACCUGAAAGAAAUAGGGAUCUCCACUUUUGGAGCCAGACGCAAGAUGAUGUUAGCUAUCUCGGAUCUGAACAAGAGCAAAACGAGCCUGUCGGAUGCACAACCAGUGAAGCCCGGCUACUUGGAAGGUGGCGCGAGUGGUAGACUUCCACGCAUCUUGGAUCUGGAUGUUGCAGUUCACAGUAACUGCUGGCACAAGGAGGUCUUGAUCUGCUCGGAUGCUUCACAGGCUGGCUGGUUCAGUGGCAGCCAAGCAUGAAACACAGAGAGAGAGAGAGUGACAGGAAGUGUUGGGCUGUGACAGAUUAGGUAGAGAUGAUCCCUACUUAUUACAAUGUCUCUGCCAAUUACAUAGGCAGGCUUUAAAGCACCGAUCCACAAAUCUGGUCCUUGGGCUCUAGAGUACUGCUGGAUUUUUAUCCUGCCGGAUAGUUAAUUGCGCUCCCCUGAGGUCACAGGUCUAAAUCAGUCUGUGAUCGCACAGCUAGAAUGAAAACUACCAAGGAAAAAAAAAUGAGCAGUGCUUUGAACCCCAACAAGUGAGCCACUUGGACAUUUCACUUGAGAAGUGGCAAUCUGGGAACGUGACAAGGCUGCCUGGUGGAAAUGCAAAGCAUUGCCCCUGAGCAGAAGAGUCACAGCUUCUCUUAGGUUUUACUCAGGUCAGGUUUGUUACUCAAAAGAAGAKAACAUAUUUCAUGUUUUUUUUAGGUUAUGUGAUCUUUCCAGUCAUUUUUGUUCUUUUCUAGGAGGUUACAUAGCAUCAAUUUUCACACAGCCUAAAUGUGCCAUAACUUUCACACAUUUUUGUCCACAAAGUUUUCUUAAAGGGUCUAAAAGUUUGAAACACACUGACCUAUUAUUUUACACACAACAAUGUAUUCUGUAUAAUAUAAAAAAAGAAUAUUAUAAAUGAUAUGUCUAAUAAAGAUGUAGAUGCUCAUUUAGGUGAAACAAUAAAGGUUGGAUUCCCAAAGGACCCAAAUGUAGGACAACUUUGGGUGAGAUUCAUUAAACUGAAAAGAGUGGACUUCUCCUUAGCUACUGAAACGGUAUUAUCUAUUCAAAACACUUUCUCUCACAAGGUAAUUAGACAAAUCUGGUGCAUAGUCUCCACUUCAAGGGAAAGAGCAAGAGGUUGAGAGUCAGAGCAUACCCCACAGUUCAUGCUCUGGUCUUGAGAGAAGUUUUGAGCAGAUCAACAUCUGUACCAUUUAGAUGACAGCUCUCAGACGUGAGGAACCGUAAUGUUUUAGAGUUAGGUAGUGCUCUACCUUUGAGCAAACUUCGUGACAAUCCAUCAAUGCUUUGAGUGACUGUCAUUAUCACUUUAAAAGCUGCAAGGAGGAUAUAAAAGCUCAAGGCUCGUUGAUUAACCCCUUAACCCCAUAGAAACCACUGACGUUUGUUAUAUCUUCUUGUAAAUUUCUGAAUGACUUGUUUCAUGUACAAUAACUUAAACAGCUACGAACAAGGGAAAUGAAGGAUGUAGGUUGGAGAUGACCUUUGUGAGAAUUGAAGGUAUUUAUAGCUUCUCUCUCAUAUGUAAGUGUAGCUGAGUGUUGAUGUUCAUGGAACAACGUGACUGAAACCUUAGGUCUCGACUUCUUUCUCUUCAAGGGACAUAUUGCCAACAAAGGUAUCACAUGAGCUCAUAUACAAGCUAAAGACUUCACAAUCAUUGGUUAUGUUUGUCGUGGCUGAAGGAGGUUGAUAUCAGAUAUCCUUUUUUAGACUUCGACUGAAUGCCUGACAACCUUGUUUAGAUUUUUAAAAAAUGUUACAAAUACCUGAAUAUCAGACAAAAAUAAUUAUAACUGGGCUAUAACUGAGCUACAAGCCCAUCAUGAUUAAGUGGAAAUGUUUUUUUUGUAAUUUAUUUUUUUAUAAUUCUAGGCUUUGACCUCCUUAAAGUGCAAAUCUACUUAAAAGAACAAUAACUGACUUCGCAAGUCAGUCACUGCUCUCCCUAUACAUUGCCAUGGCAUGACCCUAAUAACAAAAGAAGAAGACCAACUCCCAUUAAAACUAACAGCAUAGUCAAAGCAUCACCUGUCUCUAUAGGUUUUGGGAUUGUGUGGAGGAUCCACCCAACAUGUGGGCCAUGUGUGGACAAUAACGAAGGAGAUAAUAGAGAAAUGAAACAGAGCAACGAAGCACCCCGAGGGUAAAACAUAACCACAUAUUCCCCUCACUGUGAUGAAGAUAGAACUCACUCCAGGAAAGUGAGGAGAGCAGGAAGAGAAAAUAGAAACUGUAAGAAACUGUAAUAAGAGAGUGAGAAUGAAUGUGUGUGUCAAAGUAUGUGUGAGAACAACAGGACAAAUAUGAACACUGUGACAGAUGUGUUGCCGAAACAAAUUAGAUACCAAAUAAAAAAAAAAAAAAGGUGAUUGUAGGAGUUUAUAAUAUGUGAAUGUCAUCAAAUUACUUCUUGCUGUUAUAAUUCUUACUCAAACCAUCAAUAUGACUWCAGGAUGUAGAUUCCAGCAGCUGCAAGUUUAAUUAAAAUGAAAUUUCAUGUUAAAAAUGUCUAGACAGAAAUCUACUUUGAAAUGAAAGAAGAAUAAAAUGCUUGUCUAAAGCAAUGUCCUGAAGUAGUGACUUGAGGACAUUGCAACUUAGGUCAACAGUAAAUUUACACAAACAGAAACAAAGACUGCUGCAUUUUGUCAUAAUUUGAGAAACUAACAAAAAUGUAUCUGCAGCGCUGGAAAAUAUGAAUACAGCUCGAGAUAGUAAUCUUUAUUUCUUAUUUCUGUUCUUGUAAUUGUGUACCAUCUGUUUAUUGAUUUUGGACAUGAUGCAACCAUUUACAAAAGUAAAUAGUACAGUGACUGUGUUUAGUAGUUUACAAUAUUGAUAAGUUGUUAAUGAUGUUAACUAGCUCAAGACCUAAUGAUCUAAUAGAAUAAACCUUUAUGCAGCCAGAAGGAUAUUUAAGACCAAGGAUUUCCCGACUCAAUCAAAUUCUAAACCCAAAGUUUUAGCUUUGGGUCCCCAACAAGCUUUAGGAAAUUAUCCAAAUUGUCCCAAACUAAACUCAGUCAGGRAUACUACUGUUGUUAGAUUAUUGUCUUUGAUAACUUUUGUGACACCCCUUGCAGGACCUAUACCUAAUUAAUAAAGCAACAACAACAAAAAAAAGUUCUAUGAAAAGUCUGAUAAGUGUUGGUGAAAAACAAAUAAAUUGGCACAUUAUUAAUAUAAAAAUGUCAAGUGUCUAAAGAAAUGUUUAGUGAUUGUUGUAUGUAAUUAGUUAAAAGCUAUAAGGUCUAAAUUUGUCUGCAGCCUCACCAGCAAAAGUAUUAGUAUUUGGGAAAAAAUCCUGACUUUAAAACUGGAUCUAUUUGUGUGGACUCUGUGAUAUUUUCCAGUGGCUGCACAGUGUUUUCUCCACUUCCUCCCAGAAUCUCAAAAAUUAUAUAUUUUUUGCUUUUUCAUCACAUGGUUAGUUUCAUGUUUUUCUUCAAGUAUUUAAGGAGAUCAAACCAAACAGCUGACAAGAGUCUUAAUUGGAAAGUUCUACUAAGUUGAAAAACAAACGGCUAUAUAUUCACGAAGUCUGGAGCCACAAGCGGAAUAGGUAAGGUCACUGAGUUGAUGCAACCUUUGUGCAUCGACUAUGUGAAGCAAAUUACUAAUUCAGUCUGGCAGUGUCUGCCGAGGAAUGCUGACUCAGCCUUUCCGAGCCAAAAGAUUCAGUUGUCCUUUUAGCCUCUGAUUGUUGGUAUGAUGUUUUUUUCAAAGUGCUGAGUGUGGCUGUUUCGAUGCAGCGAGGUCAGCUGUCCCAUUAGCCAACGACAUUACAAAAACACUCAUUAAGCCUCCAUGUUCUUUUUGGUCGCUGCCGACUUUGUCAUUCUCCUCUGUCAAAGAGGCGCAUGAUAAGAGUGUUUUAUUUCACUACCAUUUAUCUCUGGCUCUAAAAGGCGGAUGCUGCUUUUUCAAGGCUAGAAAAGGUCAGAGCUGAUAGAGGGCUUUGAUUGUUCGACUGCACAGAAAUCCAGGCAUUAGAAAAAGGAAAAGGGACAAGAAAGAGGGAAUUUGUGUGAAUGUUUUUGUGGUUUUAAAGUGAGCCGAGGGACGUGUUUUCAAUUCGUGAUUUUCUCAUGGCUUUGGACGUAGCAUACGAGCCAACAUGUUGAAAAGAAGAAACAAGUGGACAUUGACACGUAAGGUUCAAAAGACACUCAAGGUGUCACUUUACUUAAAUUUUAAAAUAAAUAAAAGUUUACGCAGUUGAUUUCAAUUCACUGAACAUAUCCAAUGUUGGGAGGCAGAGCGGACUCUUGUCUCCGCUGGAUGUCAUAUGUCCUCCCAGCUCAGGAGCAGCUACCUCAUCCAGUGUCCAUGCACAGUCAAAAGGCCUCAUCAGACCUACGGACCACUUAGCAAAAUACGAGCCGGCCGAGGCAUGCAGAUUUGCACUCCACGCCCGCUAUCUCUCUGCAAUACAAUUUCCUACCUCCUGAGAUUGGGAGAAGAACUGAAAGGACACUAGACAGCAUCAACAUAGCAACAGCAACAUAUUGUAGCAGCCAAAAUAGGCAUCACUUUCAGUUUGAGAUGCAUAGAGCUGGACCUGGCCAGGUAAAUCUCUCUUUUACAGGUACAAGAUGAGAAACAUGCAACAACAACAACAAUACAUCAUUAAUCUCAUUGUUUCCUGGGCUCUCCGAACACAUAAAAAAAAAAAUAAAUAAAUUUUACAAUCCUCCAAAAAAUUAACAGAGGAGUGGAGCGGGUUGGUACCAGUGGGGCAUCUCGGAGCUUUAAACUGUGGCAGCAAUUUGCGGAGAACACCGGAGGGAGCCCAGUGGUGGAACACAAAACACAAAAAUGAGCCGCAAACAAACAACAGGAAAAAGAAUCCACAAUCAAGCCUUCCUGGAGGAAACAUAUUUACACCCAAUAUAUCAGCUAAUGUGCCUGGGCUUACAGACUUACCAGAGACACCGAUACUCACAUCAAUAGGAGAGAAAGAGGAUGGGAACAGAGCAAAA